UCCGCCCCGCGGGCCCCGGGCCUGCGCCGUGCGGCCGGGCCGGGCCAUGACGGGCGAGGCCGUGCGGGAGCUGCUGCAGCGGCUGCGGGCGCUGCAGAGCGAGCGGGUCGAGACGUACCGGCUCUUCGAGGAGGGCCACCGGGCGUACCUGAGCAGUGCCCCCCACUAUGACUUCCCGCGGUACCGGCAGCUGGUGCACGAGGUCACGGUGGCCUUCAGCGGCAUCUCCCGGGAGGUGCUGGCCAUCGCCGGGCGCCUGCGGGACGAGCUCGGCCGCCCCGAGCUGGCCCAGCACCUGGCCCGGCUCCAGGAACGGGAGCAGGAGAAGCUGCAGCUGACGGCGCAGCUGCAGCUGGCCCGGCAGCAGGCACAGGACCAGCCCGAGGUGGAUGCCCAUCAGCAGGAGGUGCAGGAGCUCAAGCACAAGCUAAUUAAAACCAUUGAGGCAAUCAGCGAAAUUCUCCAGGACCUUAAGUACGAUUCGGAAGAAGUUGAGUGAUGGGUGUCCCCGUGGGAACGGCUGGAGGGGCCGGCCUGCUGGAACGGGGGCCCCGCUCAUCCCCCACCCGCUCCCGGUGCACCUUAGCAAGGUGGGCAUCAUCCUCCGGGCCCCUUUUCUGCAGCACAGGCUGGAAGGGGUGGAGAAGCUCCCUCUGGGACAAGAGGGGUCCCCCUAAAUCCUGAGUACCCCUCAGCAGAGGGGUCUUGUGUGGAGCUGGUUCCUCUCCCUGGCUGUGCCGGGGCUGUGCCAAAGGCAAACUACACCCUGCAGUGCCAAGGGGCUGCCAAGCCGGGCCUCCGUCGAGCUGGGCACUGUCCCUGCUGCCAGCUGGAGUCCCAUGGGCAGCAGCCCCCCCAAAACACAUCGUGGAGACCGGCUGUGCCCCCAGCCCCGCUGCAGCUCCGGUGCUCCACCAGCGCUUUUUCUACGGUCACCCCAAAUAAACCUGUCCCCACGGA